ACGUCUCACUCGGCUUCGCGCUCUAAGCGGACCCCCGAGCGGCUUGAGAAAGAACUCCUCCUUGGUGAAAAGAACUUAUGAGUAUUAAUAUCAUUAGACCAGGAAAAAGCCUUCGAUCGAGUUGACCGUCAGGUUCUUUUUAGAGUCCUGGAGGCGUUUGGGGUUUGGAGAUAAAAGAGUCUGAACAGAAGACAGAAGACGGGGCUGCACACUUUCAGCUCAGCUGUACGGUUCGGGUACUGAACCUUCCGUCUGUAAAGCGAUAGAGCGGAUACUGGGCUUGCGUUAACAUUACAGCUCCAGGUUCGAAUGAUUGCGUAAACGUCUGAGCUGAGCUGAUGACAUUACGGAACGAUACAGAUGUUCAGGUUUUAAACGGUAUUUUGGAUAGCCAUGAGAGAGCCUCGUGUGGCGAGGCGAACUGGGCUAAAAGAGACGGUGUGGUUUAGAUCACAGUAGACCGACACUCGCAGGUAGACGACAGUGGGGAAGAUCUGGGUUUAAGUGUUUAGAAGAAUUGCGAGGGCCUGGUGGAAAAAGUGUCUGCUGGGUUGUCUCGCUGGAAAUGGCUUUCAUCCAGGGGAAGAGUUAUGGUCUGUAAGAACCUGGUGGCUCCGUCUUUAUGACAUGAUAAAAAUGAGUGUUUCAGAACCCCAGGAAGAAGUGGUGGAAUAUAUCCAAAAACGUCUGAGACAGGAAGGAGGAUGAGGACAAGUGGACGUUAAAAGCAGACUUCAGACAGCAAAAAGACUCCUUUAGAGAGGAUAUGAGCUGGUCUGGGGUAGCUCGUGCCCUCCCGAGGAGAGCAGGAAGGACGGGGCGUGAUCGACACUCGGAGUGUCGGUCUGUCUGUGCUGACAUGUUUUUAAUCACUCGGUGUUGAAAGCCUGGAGAAUCCCGUGUCUGAAGAAACCUCGGACGUGCGAGGUCCUUGGCUCAGAGAAGAACCCGUGCUGACCCGGAGAUAUUCAGAAGAAGCCCGCAUCUGUGAGGAACGCCUCGAAGGACGCAGGAGUUCGAAAACUCGGACGUUUAACGAGGACAGAAGGAUGGACGUCCGCUGAGAGACCUUCUGCUAAGCUGGGUGUGGGGUCGUGUCACCAGACACAGAGACUGCUGAGCGACCUCGCUGAACGUUUAGCCAUGGAUUCGGUCCGGAAACACCCGAGGAAGAUACGGACGUCGCGUUCGUUCCCAGAGCUGAGAGCUGCGCCGGCCGCAGGUGCGUUUCGAGAAAAGGAGCGGGCUUUGCUCACCUUCAGGAUUCCCGGACUUGAGGUGUCUAGUGACGGGGGAUAAAAGACACCGUAUGUAAUAUGUGUUAACGGUCCAUGUAUGGACUCUCUGGAAGGACUUAAGGAAUCUAAAUCAGAGGAGAGCUUCGGAUCAGGCGCUUCCCCCGAAGGUUCCUGGAGAAGCUUGUACACGCCUCACGCUGAGAAAAGGUCUGGAGAUCUUCAGUGGAGAAUCGUGCAUGGUAUAAUAACUGCAGACGGACACAGAGCACACCCUGACCCACAGGACGUCCUGUUGUUCCUGAGAUGAGAUGAUGUAUGAGAGCCGGUGCUCAGAGCGUCUGUCAUCGUUCCUGAUGGAAAAGGCAGCAGAUUUAUAUCAGCUCGUCUUCCUCCUUCCCCUCCUCUUCCUCUCUCGCCUGUGUGUGUGUGUGUGAGCCGGAGAGCGGCCGUCAUGGCUCACACACACCACAGCUACAGUCUCCUCAGCACGGAGGAUCAUCGCAAGAGGAUGCUACCACUGCAGAUGGACUCUGUGAGUGUGUGGUCUCUCCUGGAGGUCCACAGAGGAACAGCACACACACUCGGUCCACUCUCCUGCCUCAGACGCCCCAAAAUCUACAGCUUCGUCUUCGGCCUGGCCGUCCUCUUCCUCAUCACGGCCUCCUACGUGCUGAGCAGCGAGAGGAAAGCCUUCCUCAUCUCGUCGUCUCCGUUUCACACACUCAGACACGGAACGCUGCUCUUUAACUUCUCCUCCACUAGAGACUCCGCCCACAUCGCUCAGGUGGUGCGGCGCAUCCUGUCCAACCUGCAGUUUACUCCCAGGAGGUUACCGGAUCUGCGCACGCUGGAGCACUGCGAGCCACACAUGUUCUCGGUGAUUCCCCGCCACUUCCUGCCAGAUGUGAAGAAUCCGUGCUGGUACAAGCAGCUGUCAGGGAACGCCAGCGUGAAUCCGUACCAGCGGAACCUGUACGCUCUGUACUCGCGCCAGUCACGCACCGCCUUCCACAACCUGAAGAGAAGCUUCUGGAAACAUCUGUUACGGCAGGAGGGGAAGUUGUACCGGAUACGCUGCCUGCCCUACUUCUACAUCAUCGGGCAGCCCAAGUGCGGCACCACCGACCUGUACGAGCGGCUCCGGCUGCACCCGGGCAUCCGGGUCAGCACACUGAAAGAACCGCACUGGUGGACGCGCAAGAGAUUCGGUAUAAUCCGUCCCAGUGAUGGACUCCAUGCUCGCUAUCCGGUGGAGGAUUAUCUGGAUCUGUUUGAUCUUCCGGCGUAUCAGGUUCAGCAUCAGAUGUUGUCCAACAGGACCGCAGGAGUCCAUCGUGCCGAUAUCAUCAUGGGUGAGGCCAGCGCGUCCACCAUGUGGGACAACAACGCCUGGUCCUAUCUCUAUAGCAAUACGUCAGAGACGGAGCCCCCCUUCCUCAUCCAGGACUUCAUCCACGCCCUGCAGCCUGAGGCACGCUUCAUCGCCAUCCUCAGGGACCCUGUCGAAAGGUUAUACUCGGACUAUCUGUACUUCGGCAUGGCUAAUAAAUCGGUGGAGGAUUUCCACGAGAAGGUUUGGGAGUCGCUGCAGCUGUUUGAUGCGUGUCUGCAGGAGUUCAGCCUUAGAGCGUGUGUGUACAACAGCACGCUCAACAACGCCAUGCCUGUGCGUCUGCAUGUGGGUGUGUAUGUGGUGUACGUGCUGGACUGGUUGUCAGUGUUUAGUCGUGAUCAGCUGUUGGUGUUGAGGCUGGAGGAUCACGCAGCAGACAAGAGAGCGUCCAUGAACAGAGUCUUCCACUUCCUCCAGCUGGGUCCUCUCUCAGAGCAGAAGGAGGCGGAGAUUACGGAGCGUCCAGCGUCUAACACUCGCAGGUUGGCUGAUAAGAACCUGGGCCCGAUGCUGCGUCUCACACGCUCCGUCCUCACGGACUUCUACUCUCCCUUCAACAGGAAACUGGCCGCCGUGCUGCACGACAACGCCUUCCUGUGGGACAACCACUCUACACACACUUAACACACACACACACACACACACACACACACACACACACACACACACACACACA